AUGCGUUUCUCCCAGUCGCUCAUUAUCAUGGUCGCGGCGACUAUGGGUGCGAAUGGCGCCCCAUCUGGAAUGGACUCCCGCGAGCAAAGGCAAGCAGCAUCAACGGACCUCGCUCUGAGCCAGCCAGCUCUCGUGGCUCGACAGGCCCCGCCGGCCGUUCCGGCUGCCGCUCCUCCAGCUCCAGCCCCUGUCCCGCAGGCAGAUGGUAACAAGAAGGGAGAAGACAAGAAGAAGGGCGAUGGCGACGGAGAUCGUAACGGCGGUGAUCGUGACGGAGAUCGUAAUGGUGGCGACCGUGGCGGACGAGAUGGAGAUCGUGACGGCGAUCGAGACUGUCGUGAAGAAGAUCGUGGACGUGACAGAGACGGAAGAUCAUGCUGCGUCCGAGGAGGACGUGGAGGAGGGCGCGAUGGUGAUCGUGAUGGCGAUCGCAAAGUUGCUCGCGAGGACCGUAAUGGUGACCGCGAUGGCGACCGCAACGGUGGGGGGCGUGACGGGGAUCGAAACGGCGGCGAUAGGGGUGGAAGAGAUGGUGACCGCGAUGGCGACCGUGAGUGCUUCCGGGAUGGCGAUCGCGGUGGUCGUGGCGGUGAUGGUGAGAGACGUCCUCCUCCUCCUCCGGCCGGUCCUCCGGGCUUCCCCGCUCCGUUCCCCGCGCCGGUUCAGCCCCGUCCUGGUUUCCCCGGUGCUUACCCCCCUGGCUUUCCUGGCGCGUUCCCCCCCGGCCCUCCUCCUCGUGGCCCUGAUGGAGAUCGAGAUGAGGACAAGAAGAAGCCUGCCGAAGACAAGAAGCCUGCCGCAGCAUAA